AUGUCAACUGAGACGGCAUCGACAAAUUUUAUUCAAACCACGGUUGAGACGGCCUCGGGUGGCGCCAAACAAGUCGAUGCAAGCGUACAAGAAAUUGUCGAGGAUUUAGUGAAAUCUGAUGACUCAGAAAAAGCUUCUACCGAUUCACUUUCUCACCAAGCACCCCUUCUUUCGGUAUUAUCAGAUAGAACAACUUUUGUACCGGAAAUUUCUCUUGAAGCCGCCGAAGUCUUCUUUUUAAAAACACCAAAAAAAGUCUUUUUCAUAUUAUAUAUACUUAUCUUACUUGUUUGGAAUUAUUUGUCGAUGGUAUCUUUAUUGUUACUCGGUCUUGGAUGCCUAAUUGGUUAUGCUCUGAGACACGUAGUUGCAAAUCAGCCUAAAGAAAAAUUUGUGGCGGUGCAAGAGUCAUAUAUACGUCAAAAUAGUCAAAAUUCACGACAGCAAAUCAAAUCCACUGAAAAGUUUACUUUAUUGGAGCUUAAAAUCACUCCACGCAUUGACGAUUCACUUAACAAAAUACAUAGCUAUAUAAUUCGUGAUAUAGUUGAUUUUUAUUAUGACCCGAUAAAUCCCAAUAAAGAUCUGGAGUUAUCAACACAAGUACGGAAUGCUAUGAAUGCUAUAGCAAUGAACUUGGCCACAUGCCUCCAGAAUUCGGAUAAAGUUGAAUUGGGGCUCAUGUCCGGUUUUGCGAUAGCGAACACAUUUAUUGUACACUUGCGUGAAUAUAGAAAAUUUAAUGCCACCAGUAAACCUCUGGAUGUGUAUUGCAAAGAAAAUAAAUCCUCCCUUUUUGCAUACACAACGAACAGAGAGUUGCAAGCACAAACUCUCCGUUCUCUGUCACAAUUAUUGUUCGAGCGUUUCUUGCCACCAACAGAAUCACAAAGUCGUAUUUUAAUGGCAUUUCUUUCCGAACUAUUGGCAACGCAAAUCUUUGAAACCGCACUUGAAACUGUGUGUGACCAUGAUUGGAUAAAUUUGACCAUCGUCGAUUAUUUGACUGAAAACGAUCCGGGUGAAACUCAUGACACCACCUUGUUUCAGCAAUUGGCUACCUCUAUAGACGAAGAAGUGGCUGGUCUGGCCGAAAAACUACAAAAUGUCGACAAUCAGGCGGGAAUGUCAAUCGAUGAAUUAGAGAAUGGUUCUUCAUUCAAAGCGAAUUUACUUAUAGAAUCAAAUUCCAAUUUAAAUUAUGAUGAAUCAAACUCGGUCGGAAUUUAUUCAAAUGCAAGACUUCCAAAUUUCAUCUCAUCUCCCUUUCCGCCCAAUCAUCCUUUCACGAGAUCUGCUAAUUCAAUCAAUUUACAAAAAAUUCUUGAUCGGCAAUCGGAAAUGUUUGCUGAAUUUAUGGCUUUUCUUGAAGAACGUAACGCUGCUAACAUAUUGCGAUUUUGGCUUCAGGCGGAUUCCUUUAGAAAAAUUGCUUCAAAUGAAUCAGAUGUAAAUUUGAUCCAGGCGGAUGCCCUAGGAAUUUUCAAGGCUUAUUUUGGUGAAGCUGCAACAUAUCCUGUAAAGGUUGUCGACGAAAGCAUAGUUAAACAAUGUAUCCGAGAGAUUCUAAAAGCUCCAACUUGCAAUUGCUUUAUCAUAAUGCAGGAAUACAUAUUUGGUGUAUUACAAGAUUUAUAUUUCGAUGACUUUGUCAAGGCGAUGAAAGAACAAGGCGAAGACAUGAGUUUCAUGGUAAAAGAACAAGAGGCACGACACAAAGAAGUCGAACAAUAUCCGGAGGCUAAUUCAACAUCAUUGUCAAAUAUGGAACAACAUGAAGAGGUCAAGACGAACUCUUCAUUGAAUAUGCACCAGAACGAUGAGUUUCAUCGACGCUAUUAUACGGUGGACAAUUCUGUUCUUGAAUCAAAUCAUCAUGAAGCAGAAGCCUACGACAAUGCGAUUAAAGAAGUAACCUCACCAAGACGCUGGUCUGCUGCAAUUAUGGUGGAAUCGAUGGAAGAGCCUAACGACAAUUCAGCAUUAGAAAAUUCAGUUGAUUUAUCUCCGGAGGAAGAAAAUAUGGAUCAAGAGAUUGAUAUUGAUCCACAGUUUGAGCGUCAAAAAGAGCCAAUGAUGAAUCUUGACGGAGUACGGAUAAAGAUGACCGAUGUAUCUGAAGCUUCGCCUAAUAAAUAUAUUUAUUCUACGAAGUCUCUUGCCUACAUGAUUGAGGUUGUACAACCCGGUUCGACUGGAUGGAUCAUGACUCGGAGAUUUGCCGAUUUUGAGAAAAUGCACGCAUCUUUAGUAAAAGCCUUUCCAAAGGCUGAGAAAGUGACCAUGCCUCGACUUAUGCUAAAAAAAAAUCAAGAAGCUUGUAAAUCAUUGGAACGGUAUUUGAACAUAUUGUUAAGCGAUGCUUCUCUAUGUGAGAGUGAACCACUUCAAAAGUUCAUGAAAAGAGACGGACUACCAAUUGAGAAACUGGAAAAGACAAAAAGUACAAGGAGAGCUCUUUCUAUUUUGUCAGUAUCGAAAUCUGUAUCAAUGUCGAAUCUUGUGGGUGUCGUCGCAGCUUCAGCUUCAAGUUCCUAUAAUGAAGCAAAAAACCAACAGGAGUCAUUACCAGCAACAAAUCAUAAUUCCGAAGAAUCUUCACCUGAAAAAUCACUAGAAACUUCUUCUAAAAGAUCUUCGAAUAGUUCCCUUCAGAAGAAUUUGGAAGUGUCCUUAUCCCCUACUGAAAUUUCCCAAUUAGCUUCCGAUGAGACAUAUGUUAAGACUUCAGCACCGACUGAUGCUUCAGUUAUUACACGACCAAGCAUAGAAAGUCCCAUUUCUACAUCCUGGGAAUCAAGUAGAACUAUUACACCAACAGUGUCGAAUGAUUCUGGAACCUCCCCAAUAGUCAUGACAGAUAAAUCGACUUUAGAGAAAUUGAGAAUGCAAUUUGAAAUCUCGCAUGCUACAGAAUCACAACCGGAACGACGUCUGCGACAAGAUAAACAGUUAACAGUUCAGGACAAGGACCUUUUGAUCGACACAAUUUUUGCUGUUGUUGAAGAAAUAUUUGACCUGUCGGAAAAAUCUGCAUGGCAUCUCCGAAAGACAGUUCUUUCAGUUUUACGUGGGGUUGUGCGGAGAUCCUAUACUGAGGCAAUAAAAAAUUCAUUUCUGAUGACCAUCAAUUCAUUUUCAACUGAGAACUAUUGGGUGACAAUGAUUGAUAACUUGUCAAAUUCAUUUUGGCCUAAUGGGGAAUGGUCUAGUGUCGCACAGCAAAGAACUGAAGAAGAAAAAUUGAAGACCAAGGAGGAGGCAAAAAGAUUGCUUUUACAAAAGGCCGUACCUGAUUCCUUGAAACAAGUUAUGGGUUAUGAAAAUUCUCGCCUGAUGGUCGGAAGGUUGGUUGAUGGAUUUCUGGCCGAGAAAGAAGUUGUAAGGGGAAUGGGGAUCAACAUAUUGGAAGGCGUAGUAAAACUUAUUGUUGCAGAUUGA